GUGGACGUUGAAGUUCAUUCGCCUUUAAUAAGAAAUUACAAAGUUUCGGGCGGCAGUAGCAUAUACAGACAAGUCUUUAUCCGCCUCUUUCUUGCUUCCGGUUUGCUUUGCGCUCGUGCGCACUACCGACGCGAUAGAAGGUUUCCAUGGUUACAAAUAACAUUGGAUAUUGCAGAUCCCAACUUCCUUGACAGUUUCAGUGUCCGCCCACUGUAUACACGGAGAUCCGCCGGAGUCUCCGGACGCAACAGAAUCCACCUGAAUCCAGGAAAGCGCAUCAGACUGAAGCCGCCCAUGUGUUGCGCUCUACACUAUACUUGAAAACAACUGCAAGCUACACUAGACUGAAAGCUUCCCCCCCCUUUUUUUAGAUUUUACUGUCCACAUUCCGGUAACUAUGCAGGAUAAAGGCACUUUUAUCAGCCCCUUCAUCAGACCGCGGUGUCUGGCGGCAGCGGCGCCGGCUGGGAGAGCGAAAUUAACUCACCCGGGAAAGGCGAUUCUGGCAGGUGGAAUCGCAGGUGGCAUAGAGAUCUGCAUCACCUUUCCCACAGAGUAUGUCAAGACCCAGUUACAGCUGGAUGAAAAAGCCAAUCCACCAAAAUAUAGAGGAAUAGGUGACUGUGUGAAACAGACAGUACAGAGUCACGGUAUCAAAGGACUGUACAGAGGUCUCAGUUCUCUGCUGUAUGGAUCCAUACCCAAAUCUGCAGUCAGGUUUGGGGUGUUUGAGUUCCUCAGCAACCAUGCGAAGGAUGAGUCCGGUCGACUGGACAGCACCAAAGGCCUGCUGUGUGGGCUCGGAGCUGGAGUAAUGGAGGCUGUUCUGGUGGUCUGCCCCAUGGAAACAGUCAAGGUUAAAUUUAUUCAUGACCAGACUUCAGCCAACCCCAAAUACAAAGGAUUCUUCCACGGAGUCAGGGAGAUAAUCAGGGCUCAAGGAUUAAAAGGGACAUAUCAGGGUCUAACCGCAACAGUCCUCAAGCAAGGCUCCAACCAGGCAAUUCGAUUUUUCGUGAUGACUUCUCUCAAGAACUGGUACAAAGGCGAUAAUCCAAACAGAGCAAUUAAUCCCCUGGUGACCGGAACCUUUGGAGCCAUAGCAGGAGCAGCAAGCGUAUUUGGAAACACUCCACUAGAUGUCAUCAAGACAAGGAUGCAGGGUCUCGAAGCACAUAAAUAUAAAAGCACGUUUGACUGUGCUGUGAAGAUCUUGAGAUAUGAAGGGUUGGCAGCGUUCUAUAAAGGAACAGUUCCCCGGCUGGGCCGUGUGUGUCUCGAUGUGGCCAUAGUUUUCAUCAUCUAUGAGGAGGUUGUGAAGGCUCUGAAUAUGGUCUGGAAGACAGAAUAGGUGGCUGGACAUGCAGGGAAGGUGGCAACUUCCUCCUUCACAAGCAUCAGACAUAGAUCUGACUUCAGCAGACCUCUUUUGUAUCACAAAACCAACAGCAGAAGGGGUGAAACAGAGAGCUGGACUUAGAUUAGUGUCACAUGCAGAGCAGGAUACAAUGUACUCAGAGACAAAAGAAGAAAACAAGGCCCAACGUCACCCACGUGUGGACAGCUAGAGCGUUAAUGAUGCUCACCAUCAACAUUCCCUGACAAGUUCAAGGACAGAGGGUCUUCCACAAAGGGGGAUUAUAAAGUUAACUAAAGAAUUUUGAAAAAAUAAAUAAAUAAAAAGCUUUAUCCUAGAGAUGCGUCACCAGUUUCUAAAUGUGAAAGUAAAAACUGAAUACCGUGACCCCCCCAAGUUAUCUGGUUUACUUUCUCUGUCAGCCUGUUUUGUUAAAUACCCUCCUUCAGUGGAGAGCAUUAUUUGGAGUCAUUCACAGUUGUUUUACUGAUGUUUGCUGCAAGUAUGCAGGUGUCAUGCUGGAUUUCCAUGAGUUUGUGUUGCUCUCUGUCUCUUCUAAAAGUCCAGAGGAGUCAGAGCGCAGCUGGUUGCAGUUUAGUCACACAAUCUGCAGCAACUUCCACACUUAGGCCUUGUUUGACAUAAAAAAAAAAAAGAAAACCGCCAGUUAUUUUUAUACAGUGUAGAGUUUAAUUUAGUUUAAUACUAGAUUAUAGUGUAUAUUAGAAUAUAUUUUAAUUCAUGUGCCAAAUGCCAAACCUAUUAUAUUAUGAAUGAAUGUUCAGAAUAAAGCAAAAUUAGCCUGAUUAUCUUAAGAGAAGAGCAAAUAUUAUGACUAGGUAUUGUGAUAUACUUAAUUAUUGAACGUGAAAUGUUAAAUAGGUAGUUGAGAGACUAUUUGCUGUUAAUCUGUGCCACACUGUGUUUUUCUUUAUUUAAAUCAGGUGUAAAAAUGUUUUUUUAAGACGUUAGGAAAUUAUUUAAUUGCUGUACGAUAUCACUGUGAGUCUACAAGAGCCAAUGAGUCAUUUAGACAAAGUAAUCUCAGACGUCUUUUGCUUUUAGUGGAAGCAUCGCCUUUCAUCAGGUCAUAUUUUACCACCUGACUCGGCCACUCAAUGUGAAACAUUAGAAACUGUUUUAAAUUUUUGACUAUUUCUAAUAAAUACACCACCCGGCCAAAUAAUUAUUUUACUAAUAUUUUCUUGGACUGUCUUUAGCUUCAAUAACAGCAUGCAUUCGUCAUGGCAUGGUUUUGAUAAGCUUAUGCAAUUUCACAACAUUUAUUUUUGUCCAGAGUUGCAUCAUUUCUUUUUGACUGGAUCUUGUAUUGAUGAUGGGAGAGUCAGGCCGCUGUGUAAAGUCUUGGGGAUUCUCAAUGGGUUUAAGGACUCUGUGGUGGCACUCUUUCCCAGUUUGAGCCUUAUGAAUCCUGGCAUUGCCAUCUUGGAAUAUACCCAUGCCACCAGGGAAGAAACAUGUACAUUGAUGGGAAAAACCUGUUCAUUCAGUAUAUUCAGGUCAUCUGCUGACCUCAUCAUUUGGGCACAUAAUAUUACUGAACCUUGACCUGAGCAACUGAAGCAACCCCAGAUCAUAACUCUGCCCCCAUGCUAGGCACAGGGCAUGAUGGGUGCAUCACUUCAUCUGCCUCUCUUCUUACCUCGAUGCACCCAUCACUCUGGAACAGGGGAACUCUGAACUCAUCAGACCACAUGACUUUCCCCAAUGCUCGAAUGAAAUCUUUAUGCUCCCUAGCAAAAGCCCUUUUUUUUUUCUGAAUAGCCUCACCGAUCAGUGUUUCUUUUUUUUUUUUUUUUUUAAAGACUUACGGCUGUUUAGUGCCAGCUCAGGAUGUCUUUUCCCACCAUAAUUCUUCCUCAAACUAGUAGUUUCAGCAAUCUCCUUAGUUGUUUUCUUGAUGCGGGCCAAUAAGUGAACCCUUCUGAAAUGGAGUUACCUUGGAGUUACAUCUUUUCCACAACCACAGGAUAUGUCAUCCAACAGGAUUGUUGGAAGAAAUGAAAAGCUACUCACUGGAUCUGUUAGGGUUCAAUAACCUGUUGUUAGCUGAAACUGCAGUAAUAGUCUGAUGGAAGGCUCUUCCCUAUUUGCUUAGUUAAAUGCAGGUGGUGACUUUUUUGGGGGGGGGGGCAGGUAAAUCGUUUACUUCAUGUGCCUUUUUACUGUUGCGUUUGUUGGUGAAUACAUCUUGAGCAGUAUAUUCAUCCAUUAUUCAGCCUCACCCAGCUGGCAAUAAUUUUUCUGUUGGUUAAAACGACUAAUGUACACAUAACAGGCAUCAUGCCAUCAAAUCAGGAAACACUCAUGAAUGUUGUUUUGUGACUGGCGUUCACCUUGUUCUGUAUGAACAUGAUGAUGCUUUAGUUAAACUGCUCUUUAAUCAUCUUACAAGGAAAUCCUCAUUUGUGUGGUCCAGACAAUAACAAAGGACUACUUGCUCAGUUGUUUCCCUAUUAGUGUACUGCAAUCAUCAAAAUGAUGUCUUUUUAUUUUAAUAUUUAUGAAAUGUUCAUUUUAUUUUGUAUUUUCUGCUCAACCAAACAAAAUACUCUUUUUCUUCACUGCCAGAUAACCAAGCGAAAACUGUGAUAACAAAUCAGUGUAUUCCAAGGCUGCGUAUAUGGAAGUGUGUGCAGGUUAUGUGGGUCAUGUUGAUGAAGCUUGUGCAAUAAAUGUCCCUUCUUAUUGUCUGUGCUUAAUGUAAAGUUCUGUGUUGUGGGAGGAUUUUAAAACUAAUUAAAAUAAGCAU